AUGAUAGAGGAAACACAUCUAGACCCAGAUUCUCUUCACGGGGGUCCCAGUCCCAUGCUAAACUUUACUUUGGCUCAACCCUCGAUCACUCUGGGUGUAAGCCAGAACGGAAUCAUUCCUCCAGUACAACCUAUCAAUGUAGAAGAAGACGAACUCACCAGACCUUACAAGCCGGUGGAUGCGACUUUCAAGUCCAAGUUCACCAGAAGAAUAGCAGAAGCCUCUAUUAAGGAGAAACCCAAGAUGCCUCAAACUGUAGGCAAAUAUGAUGGUCUAGGUGACCCUGAUGACCAUCUUAACCUAUUCAAAAGUGCCGGGGAGGUAGCCUGUUGGCCCAUGCCCCUAUGGUGCAAAAUGUUUGUACAAACACUGGUAGGCGCGGCACGGGUCUGGUGGGACAGUCUGCCCACUGGCGAAAUAGACAGUUUUGAAGAUCUAGAAUCCAAAUUCAUCCUGCAGUUCAGCCAGCAGCACAGGCACACGAAGGAUAGGAACGAACUCCUCCACAUCCGUCGGCGAGACAAUCAAACGGUGGAAAAUUUUAUUGUUAGAUUCAACAAAGAAAGCCUGGCAAUCCCGGGCGUGACAAACGACCUAGCAUGUGGAGCCUUCCUACAAGGAGUAAACGACGACGAGUUUUUGAGAACACUUCAUGGAAGGGACGGCGUACCGCCAACCAUCGAUGAAGUACUUCGGAUAGCUAAAGUGUAUGUCAUACAAGAAAAGGCAGUAGCCGCCAGUCAUGCAGCCAAUAGGAAAAAGGAGGCCCUGAAAAACCAAGAAGACAGGGAGCAGCCAGGAUCUAAAGGUAGGGGUAGAGGAGAUCGAUACCAAAGGAAUGACAAGACGGACUUGCGAUAUGAUAGACACCGAAACACCUAUUCAAGGAAUGAGUCUUCGAAACCUCGAUCUGACUACCCUAACCUGAGCAAGACACCGGCAGAGAUCUUAGCUUCGGAGAAUCUCAAGUUCAAUCCUUCAAAGCCUCUGAAAGAUAACCCCAACAAAGACACAAGUAAAUACUGUGAAUACCACAAAGGGAGCGACCACGAUACAAACGACUGCUUUCAGCUAAAAAGGCAGAUCGAAUAUUUUGUGAAAGAGGGUAAAUUGGCACACCUAGUAAGGGAUAUCAAGCAGGGCCCGCCCGUCGUCAAGGAAGAGAACGAUAAGGCGGCUGGUAAGAGACCGCGAGAAUUGAAUAUGGUACACGCGGACAAGGGAAAAGGGGCAAAACGAAGUUUCUCCGCGCUCGAACCCUGGAUGUCAGCAACCAUGACCAUCGAACCUCGUGGGGAAGAUUUACACCUCACGACUGACACCCUGAUUAUAUCCGCUGCAGUCGGAGAUUACCGCAUGAGGCAAAUCCUGGUCGACACCGGGAGCUCAGAAGACAUUAUCUAUGAGCAUUGUUUCAAUAGAAUGCAACCAGAGGAUAGAAAGUUGCUCGAAUCGGUGCACGCUCCCAUUAAAGGAUUCACAGGCGAAAAGGUUGACCCUAUUAGUUAG